GCUGUCAAAAAUGGUUACAACAACUUAGAUUUAUAAUUUGCAUUUUAAUUUUAACCUAGGAACAAAUCAUUGAUGUAGGUAAACUUAUUCACUUAAUUUAUAAAAAUACUACAUACGACAUUGAGUGACAUUAAAGAAGUAACCACAAUUAUGUCAAAACGUAUUAGAUUACUUGCUACGAAAAACAAAUCAAAAACAAGUAAUGGAAAGGAUAGCGAUGAAAACAAAAGUAAAAGAAGUGUUUACAGCACGUGGUCGUCUAAAAGGUGCCUUGCUGGAGGUUCUUGGAGAUGAAUCUGAUGGUUCAACAGGUAGCCCUGUGAAGCGAAGAAGGCAAAGUAGCUAUGAUCAACACAGAGACUACUCAUCGGAAGAUGAGAGGCCACGGAGGAAACAGUCUCCAGUGCGUCAAUCUUAUGUGUUGAAACUGUUUGACAGGAGUGUUGACUUGUCACAGUUCAGUGAAGACUCUCCACUGUAUCCUAUCUGUAGAGCAUGGAUUGCAAAUCAACCAAAGGCUGAUUAUAGUGAAUUUGGAAAAAGUAUUCCGGAACCAGAAACAUUAGAGGAUAGUGUAGAGCUACCAGGACCAGAGGGACCACCUGUAUCCAGAAUACCAGAUCUCACACCAGAACAGAAACUGUGCAACAAAGACAAAAUUAAUUUAAACUAUCGUGAAGCCCCACCGCCAAGUAGAGAGAAACUUUUAGAGGAAUACUCAAAGCGUUGGAAUGGUAUCAGAUUAGCAUGGCUUGCUCAGGGUGCUAAAGUGGAGGCACGGUAUACGGAGACACAGAGAGUACUCAACAAUAUUAAUGUCAAUGCUCUGUAAUGGUGAUUAUAAAUACUAGACUACUCUAAAGACAAAACAAGCUGCAGAACA